CAGACAGGAUAGGUUUUGUAGGGAUUUUGGACAGUAGAAGCCAUCAAAAUUUCUAUAGUAUUUGUUAGAAUCUUUAAUAAAAAUAAAAAAUAAUCUACUUUUAAUCUUGUCAAUAUGGUACUACUAAUUCACACAUUUGCCAAGAGAAUUUCGUUAAGUUUGUCUGCCAAUUGGUCGGGACUGUUCAUAAAUGUUCCUGUUAGUCCCAAUAAACGCGAGCUGUACCAGCAGAAAAGAAAGCUCUCUAAUAUAGGCUUGUUGGGUAACAUAUCCGUGGGAUAUUUGAUGUUUCAGUGUUGGACUCCACAACGUAUUGGUAUAGGAAGUUCUGGUACGGAACAUUUUCAUUGUUAUUCUGGCGAUCGAGUGCUUGAUAAGCAAAUAAAAAAUUGGAUCGAUUGGGAUCGAAAUCCGCGUACCAAAGCUCAAAUUAUUAAUGCCAUCAAGAAAGAAGACUGGAGCACUCUUGAAGCUUGCCUCUGCAAUCGAAUUGCGUUCGGCACAGCGGGCUUACGGGCAGCAAUGCGAGCCGGUUUCGAUGCUAUGAACGAUCUGGUUGUUAUACAAACCGCCCAAGGACUGUGCGCUUAUUUAAAGAAACAGUAUCCGGAUGAGAGUACCUGGUCCGAGCAAGGCAUUGUUAUUGGGUAUGAUGCACGUCACAACAGUAAACGCUUUGCCAAGUUGUCUUCGGUUGUGUUUUUGAAUAAUAAUUUUCGUGUGUAUCUCUUUACCCGCUAUGUUGCCACGCCCUUCGUUCCAUUCACAAUUUUAAGACUAGGUUGUCUGGCCGGGAUAAUGGUAACAGCGUCGCACAAUCCCAAACAGGAUAAUGGCUAUAAGGUUUAUUGGACAAACGGUGCACAAAUCAUACCACCGCACGAUACGGGAAUUAGUCAGUCCAUUCUGGAUAAUUUGGAACCCGAAGCAGGUUCUUGGGAUGAGAGUGUACUGUGUGACAACGAACUGUUGAGGAAACCGUACAGAAAGAUGGUUGCCGCUUAUUACGACUCUUUAAAGAUGGAGCUAACGUGCCCGCUUCGGGAGCUCAAUAAAAAAUGCCCUUUAGAAUUUACCUAUACGGCCAUGCAUGGGGUUGGCUAUCCAUACAUAAAGUUGGCUUUUAGCACGAUUGAUUUGAAGCCAGUGAUACCUGUGAUUAAUCAGGUUAAGCCCGAUCCAGAGUUCCCAACUACGCCUAUGCCCAACCCAGAAGAGGGCAAAACAUCAUUGGAGUUGGCCAUAAAAAGAGCAACUGCCACAAAAAGUACUAUAAUCUUGGCCAACGAUCCGGAUGCCGAUCGUCUGGCUGUUGCUGAGGUGGUCAAGAGAAGAUAUAAACUAUUUAACGGCAACGAGCUGGGCGCCCUCCUUGGCUGGUGGGCAUUGGAGAACUAUAAGAUGCGCGAAGCAAAUCCAGAUGUAUCCAAUUGUGUUAUGAUUGCCAGCACAGUUAGCUCAAAGAUAUUGAAAUCGAUGGCAAAAGUCGAGGGAUUCACCUUCCAUGAAACGCUGACAGGCUUCAAAUGGAUCGGCAACAAGACGAUCGAGGAGCGAGAUGCGGGCAAAAAUGUGCUCUUUGGGUUCGAGGAGGCCAUUGGCUAUAUGAUGACGCCAAAUGUGAUCGAUAAAGAUGGUAUUAGUGCUGCGGCACACGUGGCCACAAUGGCCUGCUAUUUGCAGUACGAAAAGUGUAUGAAAUUGCAGGAUAAAUUACGUGAAAUAUACGAGACUUACGGAUUUCACACAAAUGUAGUCUCCUAUCUAAUUUGCCAUGAUCAAAAGCUUAUUAAGACGAUUUUUGAUCGCCUGCGCACCUUUGACAAUGGUCAAAAGAAUACCUAUCCGAAAAGCAUCCUAAACGGCGAAUAUGAAAUUGAAAAUGUACGUGACCUGACCACGGGCUAUGAUAGCAGCACACCUGAUAAAAAGGCUACGCUACCAGUCAGCGAAAGCACCCAGAUGAUAACGUUUACUUUUAAAAAUGGUAUGGUUGUCACAUUGCGUACUAGCGGAACUGAGCCCAAGAUUAAGUACUACGCUGAAAUUUGUGGCGAACCGGAGAAUAAGAAUUGGGAUGAACUGACAGCAACACUCAAACGAAUGGUUGAAGCCAUUGUGAAUGAGUUCUAUGAGCCUGAAAAGAACGGACUGACUCGCAAGCAGGAAGAGUAGACGGCGAGGCAGUGUGAAUGUGUAUGUACAACAAAUUUUAGUUUUCUUUUUAUAUUUUGUUAGAGCGUAAAUAAAUUGUAGUGUAAAGACUGGGUUAGCCCCCAUUUAACAUA